AUGACGGCCGUGGGCUGCACCCUGGCGCUCGCCGCCGUGUUCCCGCUGGGAUUGGACGGAUACCACAUCGGGCCCGGGAUGUUCCCCUUCGUCUGCCAGGGGGUCCCGGGUGACCCGGCCUCAUCCCCAAAUCCCCAAAUCCCCAAAUCCCAGACUCUGGAGCCCUGGAAGCUCUACGCCACCGUGGGGCUGCUGGUGGGGCUGGACGUGGUGACCUUGGUGGUGUGGCAGAUCGUGGACCCCCUGCACCGGACCAUCGAGGAAUUCACCAAGGAGGAGCCCAAGACGGACCUGGACGUGUCCAUUCUGCCCCAGCUCGAGCACUGCAGCUCCACCAAGAUGAACACGUGGCUGGGUGGGGUUUUGGGGGGUCCUGGGGGGGCCUUUGGGGGGUCU